AUGUUGGUGUCUCCACAUAUCUGGAGGGCAACACGUUGCAAUUUCGCCCUGAGCCCGGAGGUCCAGUUACUGGCUGCACUGCGUUUUUACGCAGUGGGCAGCUUCCUGGAGGUGAUGGGGGACGGCACCGGACUGAGCAAGGCGUCGGUGUCACGGAGUCUGGCAGCCGUGACACCGAUCCUCCUGCGCCAUGCCCAAGCGCACAUCCAGAUGCCCACCACAAGGGAGGAGAUCUGCCAGGUCCACCAAGGAUUCCACGGCAUGGCUGGGAUCCCCCGGGUGAUUGGUGUAGUGGAUGGCACCUUGAUCCCCAUCCUCAAUCCGUCCUUGGUGGACCCGUGCUGGAUUGGGAGGAAGCACUUUUCUGCCAUCAACACGCAGGUGGUGGUGGACCACGAGGGCCUGAUAACGGACAUCGUUGCCAGGUGGCCGGGGGGCACCCAUGACAGCUACGUGUUUGUCAACUCGGCUGUGGGGCAGAAGGCUGCUAGGGAAGAGUUUGGCUGGAGCUUCCUCCUCGGGGACAGCGGCUACCCUCUCCGCAGCUACCUGGUGACCCCUGUGACCAACCCGGCAACACCAGCGGAGGAGAGGUUUAAUGAGGCGCACACAGACACCAGGACCCACAUCGAACGGAUGUUUGGCAGGUGGAAGUCACGGUUCCGUUGUAUCCAUCGUUCAUGGGGGGGGCUGCGCCUGACACCUGCCAAGAGUUGUGGUGUCAUCGUAGUCACCGCCAUGCUCCACAACAUGGCUGUGCGCGCCGGAGCAGAUGAGCCGCCUCCCUUGGAUGAGGACGAGGAUUCGAUGAAGAUGACGAUGCCCCACCUCCGGACCCUGGACCUCCGAACGAUGCCCGAGCAGCACUCCACCAAGCCGGUGUCCACAGAAGACAGGAGCUCAUCAACCUGUUUUUCUGAUUUCACUUCCCUUUCACCAGUCACCAAGCAGUCAGCUGAGCACAAACCAACUCCCCUAAUCCCCAAACAUUAA